AUGAGUUGCCUCUUUCGAAUCACGGAGACAGAUCCGAAGGACUGGAAAUAUGUGUCUGAAGGCGGUUCAACUGUGGUCUUUUCGUACGCCGGCCCUGCCAAUCCUCAAUUCGACAGGACGGUCCUACGAUUACAGAAAGUUGGCAUAUCUGAUUCCAUAGCUCGAAGUUCAGAAUCUCCGGCGGAGGAUCUCGUCGACCCUGGCAUUAUCUUCCACCACACUGUAAUCUCUAAGCUGGUUCCAGCACAGUACCUCCCGCAUCUAGAGCCAGUGCUUGUUGGGCGGGGUUGGUUGCUGCAUCUGGCUCAGCUAUGUCAAGCCCAGAGGCCUCAGGAUAGGCGCGUAAAGGAUUGCGUUGACGUGCGAUGCAGGAAGGCCGUCCUUGCCACAGACUUCGUGGGCGGGCCAGGUUGGGCCGUUGAAAUCAAGCCAAAGUGGGGUUUUCUUCCGUCUCCGACCUAUCUCUCGCCGUCGACGCGUUCGAUCAAGACGCGUACAUGCCGUUUCUGCAUGCAUGCUCAUCUGAAAUACACGCGGGGUGACAUCGUCGCGUGCGGUUAUUGUCCCCUUGAUCUCUAUUCCGGAGAGCAGACACGCGUCAGACGCGCUCUCCAUGCCUUGUGGAAUGCAUGGAUCGGUAGCAGCGGUCGCAUUAACAAUUUGCGAGUAUUCGUAGGAGGAAAAUUACUGGAACCUACGUUUGAGCCCUCAUCUCUCAGAGAGCUGGCGCUCGAAUUCGGUUCCGUGUCCUUGUCGGAUAACUUUGUGGCCAUUAAUCAACUUCGUGAUCAAUUCACAGCUAUUCUUCUCCCAAUCAUUCUUGAGACCCCUGUCCUCCACACGUUGUCCACAUUGCAGCGGACGCUCGAUGAGCUAGACAUUGAAGGGCUUGCCGCGCUCUGGACGCGCGCUCGUGCCAAUGGGGUGGACAGCCCUCCCCCUGCGCUCGGCGAUGGCAUCUCCCAACCUACCAUAGACGAAUGGACGCGUUUCAUCAGCGAUUACACGAGCAAGAUACAUACUCCAGGGCAAUUCGGGAAGGAACCACAAGUGCACGAAUUGCGAUACUACUGUCUCGCCUAUCUCCUGUCGACUACAUUCAAAGACUGUUCUAUUAUCCUUCGCAUGCGGCCUCUCAAAGAGGGCGUGCACCACAGCUGUGACAACUUCGACAGCUCAGUCACGGUCAUCGAUCUGGAUGUCAAGAGCAUCUCUCGAAUGCAGAAAUGGGCGAAGCAGGAUCGUGAGAUUGUGGAGACAUACGCCAAGACGGAACGGCAUGAAUGUCAAGACCGAUACAGAUGGUAA